UCUCCCUCUCCCAUAAGAAAUCAUAUUUAAUGAUCUUUAUGAGUUCACCGUUCACCCAUUUUUGUUUUUUGACGCAGCAAAAACCGCGAUCACGUCACGUUCCCUUCCCUCCUCUUUUCUCCAAAGCGGCAAAAGUACCAAACCCUCCCUCCGCCACCAUUCCCAUCCCCAUCGUAAAAGAUAUCAAAUUAUCAAUGGGGUUCUAUGAUAAGCAUAACAAUGCUGCUGGAAAGCUACCGGAUUAUGGAGCGAUCUUUUUGUCAAAUAGUGCAACGAAGAGGGAAUGUUUUAAGAAGGGACUUUUCGGUCUCCCUUCGUCUGCAAUCCACUUUGUAGAGCAGAUUAAGGCUGGCAUGAUUCUGUUUCUGUUUGAAUAUGAGAAGAAACAACUUCAUGGGGUGUUCAAGGCUGCCAGUGAUGGUGGUAUGAAUAUCGUGCCUAAUGCCUUUAGUUCGUUGAGGACUCAAUUCUCUGCUCAGGUUAAGUUCAUUCCAAUAUGGCAUUGUAAGCCACUCUCACAAAGUGUAUUCAAGUAUGCAAUCAUAGAAAACUACUUUUCAGCCAACAAGUUCAACUUUGGGCUUUCUGAAAAGCAGGUCCAUGAACUCCUACAUCUGUUCAGUAUGAGAAGGCUAGAACCAGAGAUUCCUGAGAGAUUAUCAUCUCGAAUGAAAGACUUGAAAUCAGAGUCAUACCCAAUGGGCAAAUCUGGAAGAUCUGUUGAUCAUGGAAUGCAUAUAGAGUGUGUGAAAGAUGAUGGGCAAGGUGUGGAUGCUAGCAUGUCACCAGUAAUGCAACAUAAAUUCCAAGGAGAUUCUAUACAAUACUAUGGAGAAGCUGAAUUUAGAUUUAAUGCAAGUGGCAGUGCAACAAAUAAGCAAGGAAGACCUGGUGAAUUCUCAGUGGACACCUCAAGUGGAUACAUUGGCAACUAUAUGACAUCAUACGAUGAUUUUGGGUAUGCUUCGCAUGAGAAAGAACAUUAUAUGGAUAUGCAUUGUGGGCCAACCCUCUCAUCUGGAUACUCUAGAAGUCUGUCUGAUAACAUUAGAGUUAAUGGUGAUGGUGUAUCAACGACUAGUAGGUUAAGUGAAGAAUUGAGACAGACAGGUCAGAGAAUGUCGUUUUCAGACGAUAAUCCUGGUUUACAUCAUUCCAGUACCAAUUCAACAGACUUUUAUGGCAAGCCUGAGUUAGAGCAUAAUUCUUUGAUUCAAAAUCAGCUGAGACCUACAUCUGGUACAGUUCAGCCAAUCCACCAACCGUUCAACAAUUCUCGUGCAACACGUGGAGGUACGGUUUCUAAGGGAACCUUUCUGUACGAUCCAGAUUACACUCCAAGACCAUCCCAUUUAGAGCAUAAUUCUUUGGCUCAAAAUCAAUUUAGGCCAACUUCUGCUAAGAUUCAACCUGUUGAUUCAUGUGUAACACAUGGAGAUGUGGGUUCUAAGAGGACCUUUCUGUAUGAUCCAGAAUAUCCUGAUUUAAAUUUUAGUCAGUCUUCAUCUGUGAGAUUUAACAAUGGUCCGAACUCAAUACUAGAGAGUGCUCUUCCAAGCAACUGUGGAGUGAAUUCCUCGAGUAAUCAAACAUGUCUCAUGCCUACAGAAUUGAAUGAUAUGAAUAGAUGCCACGAUGUUGGCUAUGACUUUCUAAAUCAUGGUCUGUAUGGUAGAGACAGGGACUACUUGCCUUUCAAUGUUGCUAGGAAAGCUGACCAGAUUGCAGCUGAAUCUGUUGUAUAUGAGGGUCACAAUGAUAUUCCUUCCUUAAACUCGUCAUCAUCCCUUGUUCCUCCUUCAGAUAUUGGAAGCGACAGAGUAAAUGAGAUCUUUUCUUUGUUCCAAAAUCGCAAAUCAUAUUUGGGCGAUGAUGUCCAUCCCAUGUCAUCUAGAGGAAAUCUGGAUCAUGAGAUGACACUGGAGAAGAAUAAUGAGUCAUUUAUUCCUGAUGUUCCUUGGGCUAGUGAGGGUUAUUUCCAUGUCCAAUAUGAUGAUUCAUUAGUUAAUGAAUAUGAUACUGAAUGUUAUGGUGAUUGUCAAAAUAGAAGUUUUGGUUAUCCAAAGAAAAAAGUUAGUGUGUUUUCUCGCUUAACUUUCAUGCAGGAUGUUAACAAAAUAGAAAAAAGGAACAAAGCAUCAUAUGAGGGAUAUGGCAUGGACACCUCAGUUGAUCAAGUGAUGGAAAUGGUUCAUCAGAGCCAUCAUCAAUGGAUGCUGAAAAGAAAGGCAACACCAUUAGUUAAACGCAACAUAGCUGAAAGUUUAAAGGAUAAAACUCCAAUCAUUAGCUCCAGGAUCAAGAGUGAUUGCAGUUCAAAGGAUAAAACCCCAAUAAUUAGCUCGAGGAUGAAGAGAGAUUGUAGUUUGAAGGAUAAAACUCAAAUUAGCCCAAAGAUCAAGAAGGAUUGCUCUGAAUGUUCGACAAAUGAUGUAAGUAUGGAUUUGACUGCUGCUGCAAGUGGGGGCAAUACCAAUAAAACACCUAUUGUGGAUUUCAAGCGCCGUAGCAAAGUUAGAAAAUUUAAUGAUGAGAGUGAGAUCAAAAGUUCCAAUGAGAGUGCCAAUGGUGAGAAUGUGAUGCUUGAGCUGCCAAAGAGAAGGAAGUUGAUACGACCUAAUUUCAACAAGAAUUCCACUCCUGAUGACAGGGGCAUUCAUCUUAGAAUGCCUCAAAAUGUACAAGCACCAUUUUCACAUCAAAGUUCUAAUUUAAAUAAUGUGUCUCAAAAUGGCUGUGAACCUUAAAACCGAUGCUGAAGGGCAAAAGUGCAUUGCUUCUGAAGAUUGUAGUACUCAUGCCAAGGGAUUUGUGUGUGGUGAAGGAGUAAGAGCAAGUGAUUGGACUGCUGCUGGUAGUGUUCAAUCAGAGUGUCUGGAGAACACUCAAAACCUGACUGCUUCUUCAGCUUCUUGCAAAGACCAGAGUUUCCAGAAAGGCUUACCUACAAUCAAUAGUAUUGAGUCAUAUUCUGAAUGGCAAAAAUACAUUGGUCAACCACAUUCUGAAGAUAAGAGUAGUCAUGCCAAGGGAUUGGUGUGCGGUAAAGGACUCAGAGCAAGAGAUGGGACUGCUGCAGGUAGAGAUGGAUCAGAGUGUCUGGAGAGCAUAAAAGACCUGAAGGCUUCUUUGGCUUCUUGCAAAGACCAGAGUUGCCACAUCCAGAAAGGCUUACCUACGAUGGAUAGUAUUGAAUCAGUAUUUCCGCAAAUGGAAUCAUUGCAUUCAAUUUCUCAAGACCAUCAUGCAGAUAUGGUCAUAUUAUCUGCUGAUAGACGUGUGAAUGCUGAAGAAGUAAUGUCACAAGAUGAAAGCUCCUCAUAUACUUUUGAAAUAAAGGAUGUCUCCGACUGUUUCCAGAAGUCUGAUGAUAAAAAUGUUCCACAUGAAAGUUCCUAUGAUAUCAAUGACAGCUUGCAUCCAAUUUGUCAAGAACAUCAUGUAGAUGUGGUUGUAUCUGCUGAAGGUACUAACAUGGAAGAAGAAAUUUCAAAAGAUGGUGGCUCCUCCUUUACUAUUGAAGACAAAAACAGAUCAGAAUUCUUACAGAACUCUGAUCAUGAAAAAGCUCCAACUGAGACCUCUUCUCAUGUCAUUGAAGCCUCUGAAGUGAUGGACAGUGUAAAAUCAGUAUCUUCAAACGGAGAAGCACAGGAUCCAAUGUGUCUAGAUCAUCAUGUAGACAAGAUGAAAUGUGCUGGUAGAGGUAUUGAUACCGACAAAGAAAUUCCGAAAGAUGGUGACCCCUCCCUUAUUAUUGAAGCUAAGGAUGGAUCUGGCUCUUUCCUGCACACUGGCAAUGAAAACGGUCCAAUUGCAGCUACUUUUCAUAGCAAGGAGGGCUUGUGUAUGACCGAGAGUGUCCAUUCAGUGUCCCUGGAUGCCGUCCAUUCAACUUGUUAAGAACAUGAUGUAGAUAAAGAUCAAAUGUGCUGCUGAAGACUGAAGCAUUGACUCUUGAGAAGAAAUGAGAGUGGCAUCUCCUUGAUCUUUUGCUACCGAAGUUAACGAUGGAUCACUGGCUGUUUAUGGAAGAAAUGAAGCUGCAAUUGAAACGUGUAAAAAGAUGAUUUGGCUGACAUCAAGCUUCAUAUUUCUCAAUCUCAGAUCCACUGGUAUGAACUAUCAAUCACAAAAUCAGGUGUAGGAGUAGGAAGUUCUGAGAAUUUUGAUAUAGACCUGACUGAUUUUCUUUUUGGGGGGAAGCUGCAGUGUCUAGUAGAUAAAGUAGUAGUUAAUUAUAAUCCUAGUUUCCGGUUUGCGGAUUCGAUUUGCUUCAACCACUGGAAAUAGACAAUGUUCUUUUGUUCCUUUGAUAGUAUAUAAUACAUGUUAUUAUAGACUUCUUGGAGAAA